GAACUUCAACAUUUUACAUCAAAUUAUUUGCGACUUGUUCAUUUUUUAUUUUAAAGCAACACAAAUAAUUCCUGUAAUAGUAACAGUUGGCAUUGGGGUCCAUUUCCACAAUCUAGGAAAUCUAUCUCUGAUGAGGAUGUGUUUUUAGGACCACAGUUUGUGGUCUAUUCACAGUGUCAAUGAUUAUUACAGGCAGUUCUAAACCUUUUUACGGGGGUGUCAUUGACUCGGUUUCUCACUAUUGAUUGAAUUCUUUGCAUCCUGUCUCCACAUUCUUGUCGGUGUCAAAGAGCUUGUUAGCACCCGGCUUAGCUAAAGACUAACCAGCUGCCGUGUGGGCUUUUACUACACGCAUACCGGGAAUGCCAGCGAGUGAGAAAACCCACUCGCGGGUCAAGCCUAAUGGUUGACUGCGAUCUGGAAUCCCAGGAAUCUCCUUCAUGCGCGUCUACCUCGAAUUGCUUUGAUGCUUCGAAUUCUCUCGAUACGACGUCGCCUUUGCCGAUUCCUGAGAAACGUUCACGUGUGACCGUGUCCCUCAGGGUUUUGAGGCCAUGGAUGCAAGUGGGCUGAGGCGGGUUAACAAACGUUUUGGAUACUGAUAAUCAUUUGGAGGUAGCGGUAGGUAUAAUCUGUAUCUGAAUCCCUCCCCUCCCUCCGUUUUUAUUUCCAGGAUUCAAUGAAAAUGUCCGUGUGCGUCCACGAGAACCGGAAGUCCCGGGCCAGCACCGGCUCCAUGAACAUCUACCUGUUCCACAAGUCAUCGUAUGCCGACAGCGUCCUCAUGCACCUCAACUCCUUGCGGCAGCAGCGUCUGUUCACCGACGUUCUCCUCCACGCCGGCAGCCGGUCCUUCCCGUGCCACCGCGCCGUGCUGGCCGCCUGCAGCCGCUACUUCGAGGCCAUGUUCAGUGGCGGGCUGCGCGAGAGCCAGGCCAGCGAGGUGGACUUCCACGACUCGGUCCACCCGGAGGUGCUGGAGCUGCUGUUGGACUACGCGUACACAUCACGGGUGGUUAUCAACGAAGAGAACGCCGAGUCACUGCUGGAGGCCGGCGACAUGCUGGAGUUCCAGGACAUCCGCGAUGCCUGCGCAGAAUUCCUGGAGAGGAACCUUCACCCGUCCAACUGCCUGGGCAUGCUGCUCCUGUCCGACGCCCACCAGUGCACCAAGCUGUCGGAGCUCUCCUGGAGCAUGUGCCUCAGCAACUUCCCCGCCAUUUGCAAGACUGAAGACUUCCUCCAGCUGCCCAAAGACAUGGUGGUGCAGCUUUUGUCCCACGAGGAACUGGAGACCGAGGAUGAGCGGUUGGUGUACGAGGCCGCCUUGAACUGGAUCAACUAUGACCUGGAGAGGCGCCACUGCGAUCUCCCCCAGCUCCUGGGGACAGUCCGCCUGGCCUUGCUGCCUGCCAUCUUUCUGAUGGAGAACGUCUCCACCGAGGAGCUGAUCAACGCCCAGGCUGGGAGCAAGGAGCUGGUGGACGAGGCCAUCCGGUGUAAGCUGAGGAUCCUGCAGAACGACGGCGUUGUCAACAGCCAGUGCGCUAGGCCCCGGAAAACCAGCCACGCCCUCUUCCUCCUCGGGGGUCAGACCUUCAUGUGUGACAAAUUGUACCUGGUGGACCAGAAGGCCAAGGAGAUCAUUCCCAAAGCGGACAUUCCCAGCCCGAGGAAGGAAUUCAGCGCCUGCGCCAUCGGUUGCAAGGUGUACAUAACGGGGGGACGGGGAUCGGAGAAUGGCGUUUCCAAAGACGUGUGGGUCUACGACACGGUCCACGAGGAAUGGUCCAAAGCCGCGCCCAUGCUCAUCGCUAGGUUUGGCCACGGCUCGGCCGAACUCAAGCACUGCCUGUACGUGGUCGGCGGUCACACGGCAGCGACCGGCUGCCUCCCCGCCUCUCCUUCGGUGUCGCUUAAACAAGUGGAGCAGUUCGACCCGGCGGCCAACAAGUGGACCAUGGUGGCACCCCUGAGGGAGGGCGUGAGCAACGCGGCGGUGGUCAGCGUCAAGCUCAAGCUUUUCGCCUUCGGUGGGACCAGUGUCACUCACGACAAGCUGCCCAAGGUGCAGUGCUACGACCCGCAGGAGAACCGGUGGACCGUGCCCGCGUCGUGCCCGCAGCCGUGGCGCUACACGGCCGCCGCCGUCCUGGGCAACCAGAUCUUCGUCAUGGGCGGCGACACAGAGUUCUCGGCGUGCUCGGCGUACAAGUUCAGCAGCGAGAGCUACCAGUGGACUAAAGUAGGCGACGUGACGGCCAAGCGCAUGAGCUGCCAGGCGGUGGCGUCGGGCAACAAACUGUACGUGGUGGGCGGCUACUUUGGCACGCAGCGCUGCAAAACCUUAGACUGCUAUGACCCCACGCUGGAUGCAUGGAACAGCAUCACCACAGUGCCCUAUUCCCUGAUCCCCACCGCUUUCGUCAGCACCUGGAAGCAUCUGCCCGCCUGAAGACCUCCACUGGUCUCGUUCCAUCUGUUUUUUUGUGUUUUCUUGUUUCAUCAUCCGUUGGGCUCCCGACUGACGAGACGAAGAAGACCUCCGAGACGGACGCUCCACCAAAAACAAUCAAAAAGAAGAAGAAGCAAACGGGCCAGAUUGGCGCUUUUGACCGCAUUUUGACGUUUUUUUUUUUUUUUUAAUUUUUCAUAAACGACGCAGAUACUAGCACACAUUUGGACUGAAUGCACACGAAGCUCUUCAUCCGCUAAUGAGCGCCUCCCUUCGCCCCCCACCCCCAAAGCCCACCUAUGACGACGUGCGGAGAGCCGAGGGUGGAACUUUUUUUCGUUUUGUUUUUGGAACUCCGCUUCUGCCAUUGAUGCUGCAUUUUAACCCUGCGGGUGGCGAUUGGACGGGACU